UAACGAGGUAUUACACUAAGUUUAUCAGGGAACCGCACCGUUCCGAUUACAUACUGCACUCUAGAUCCAUAAACAACCCCUCCAUUAUCAGAAUAGUUAUCUUACUGCGAUGAACGGCGUACUGUGUAUUCUACUUGGAUCCCUUUGUCUUCUCCAGACACAUGCAGCCAACCUAGACGCGGUGUUGUGUGGACCAGUCUGUAUGAUAUGGUGUCCUUUUGGUAACGUGAUGGACGAGCGGGGCUGUCCAACGUGUAGGUGUAGAAGUGAACACACAACAACGACUGAGGCUCCAGUUUCAACCGGGACCCCUAAGGUGUGUGCGGGGGUCAUGUGUGACAUAUACUGUCCCCAGGGACACACACUAGUAGACGGCUGUCCAGUGUGUGCCUGCAAAACUGACGAUGGUUGGGUUGGAUAGAAAAAGUAUUGUCAAAACUGAUGUUAAUUAAAGAAUUGGGAUUUUU